AUGAUGGCCAGGGCACAGGCUGUUCAUCUUUGUCAGGAAGGGGACGAGCAACUAGCCAUGGGAGAACUUUCACUAGCUACCGCUUUCUACAUGGCUGCAUUCAGCUGCAGCGCCCCAGUGGCUGUAGAGAAGGUGGCAUCUCUGGGAAAGGAGUCACGGGACAAAGUAAUCGACAUCUUGGAGAAGUGGUGUCAAGGCGAGAGCCCUAUUCCCAGGGUUCAGUGUAGAAGCCUAAACACCCCGUCGCUCAACGUGGGGAUUGCUGCUGUCUUCCUCUCGACCCUCAGCCCCAACAACAUGGCAGCCUCCCUUUGCAAGAUGGGGGUCUUGCUCAAUCUGGGCCGCUACGAGGAAGUGGCGAGCCGCUGCGCUUCUCUGCUCGACGGGCACGGCCGCGUCGACCUGGUCCUUACCCGGGCUUUGGCCCUGGUGCUGUCGAAGACACAUGUCCAAAACGGCAUCAUGGACUACCUCCGGGCUUUCGGGGAACACCGGGAGGAGACCGUGACCUUUGUGACCCACAGGCAAGAGGGCCAUUUGCCACAGAUAAUCCAGGCGUUCUUGGAUUUCGUCUCAUGUCAGGAAAACGGACGUCGAUCCCAGGGCCCGGAGAGCAGGCUGAGCAGCUGCUACGACUUCCUAGUUGCCGUAGCACCGGAGGACAUCCGCGUAUGCCAAGCCCAAGCAGCGUAUUUCUUCGAGACACACAAAUAUAAGGAGUGUGUGUCAGUCUACAGCAAGGCUUUAGAGGCCUUGUCCGCCAGUGGUGCAUUAUGGAACGAGAGAGCUGCCAACCUUCUCAUGGACAGGGCUGCGGCUUACUUCUCUUUGGGCGGGCGGGUGCAGGAAACGAUGCGGGACUUGACCGAGGCCUUCAAGGUGAACGCCAACGUGUCAAAGAGGCGCUUUGGUGAACUUUUUUCCGCUUGCGACACUGAGAGGAUUGAAAAACACGCCAGAGCGGCCCUAGACGUGGAGUUUGCGGCGUACAGGGAAGCCGUGCGGACGCGGCCCGAAGUUCGCAGUGACGGCGGCAAGGAGCUGCUCUCCCCCGUCAUCUGCACCCUUCGGUUUCUCACUGAGAUCUCCCUGGGGGCCAGGAGGGAACUCGGUGUACGAUUAGCAGACUGCUACGUCUUGGAGGGCAAUAUCGAGAAAGCCUUGGAACUGUGCAACUGCCUUCUGGAAUCUGACCAGGAGACAUAUCACAACACUCUCCUUGCCCUGCGUGGAUUUUGCUACCUCCACACCCAGAGGUUUAAGGAGUCCCUCCAGGACUUCCAGAAGAUCAUCGAACACACCUCCCCGCAUCCCAGUAGCUGCGUGAAAGCUUUGUGUGGCCGUGGCUUGAUUCGGAUUUUGAGCGGAAGCCCUUACCUUGCAGCGCUAGACUAUAUCACUGCCUGUCGGCUUCGGUUUGAGGAGACCGGCUUCGUGGUCAAGUCCUAUGUUCCGUGGAACCAAAGAGGCCACCUGGUGAAGGUGCUCCAAGAAGAAGGGCAGAAGAUACUAGAGAAGAAUCAGGACCUGAGAGGCAGCUCACCUUCCCAACAGAACAAAUCAGGGGCGUCGAAUGGAUUCCUGAUGAAAGAAGGGGAUGCAUCCGGGGCCCACCAGCUGGCUUCUCUCCUUUUAGAACUGGAUGAUUCCGACGAGGCAUCGCAGAUCCUGUGCGCCGACGCCCUGUACCAGGUGGGCCGAGUGGAUGAAGCCCACAAGAUCCUCCUAGUGGCUCUGUCCAAAACCACCCAGAGAUCUGCCAUCCUGGCCAGGCUGGCUGUGCUUCAGUUGAAGAGAAGCUUUCUAUAUGACUGCAAUCAGCUCCUCAAAAAGACGAUCCAGUCUGGAGACACCAGCUGCCUCGUGGCCAUUGUGAAGAUUUUAAAAGAUGAAGACCGGGCCCUGCUGCAAAGUCACUGCCAUGCCCGGGCCGUGACAAUCCUGAAGAACAAGCAAAGUGACGGGUACAUAAAAGAGGCCAUCACUUACCUCUCCUUUGCCAUCACUGCAGCCGGGGGGUUUGCUGUAGAUUCCCUUCUGACUCGAGCUCGAUGCUAUGGGCAUCUUGGCCAGAAGAAAACAGCCAUAUUUGAUUUUAAUGCCAUUCUAAAAGAAGACCCUGGGAAUGUGCCAGCUCUGACUGGAAGGGGAUUCAUUCACCUGGCCCUGAAUCAGAAGAAGGAGGCCGUGUCUGAUCUGAUCUCUGCCAUCAAAGCCAAUCCAGACUUGGCGGUCACAGAAAUCCUCUCCUUGAAGCAGGAGGCCCAGAUGCUGAUCCAUCAGUGGCUGCUCGAUCGCUGCAGGACUGCGCUAUUUGAACUCGGUGCUACCAAAGAGCCGCCAGCCAGAGAGGUUCUGAAGGAGCUCAUCAUAACUGGAGAACUGCUCGUGAAAAUAAACAGCAGGGAAACAAAGAGUCACGUCCUUUACGUGGACACGUUAGCAGUGGAUGGGAGACACGAAGAGGCCCUGGCUCACCUCCAGGGAAUAUUUGGCCAGGCUCCACCUGAUGAUUCAGUCAACUCUCGGUAUGGCAUUCUUCAGGUCAAGAAGAGAAACAUCUACACAGCAGCUCAUAUUUUGGCAGGUUUAGCUGCGAAGGACUAUGAUGAGCUACCAUUCCUCAUGAACUUGUUAGACACCAGGCAGCGGCAAAUCCUGGCAGAGGUUGCUUCCAAAGAGGGAAAUGCGCUGGUGAAAGAGGACUGUCAUGGGAAAGCUGUUGGCUAUUACUCCCUGGCCGUCUUGGCAAGCAACAGCAACCCCCGGUACCUUCGCCAGCGUGCCUCAUGCCGAGCUCAUCUGAAGGACUACCGAAGGGCUUUGAAGGACAUGGACAGGGUGAUCCGAAACCACGGGACCAAUGGCCUGAGGACCAAAGUGGAGGAUUUCUGUUCCCAGGGGCACAUGCUCUUGGCCGUUUCCGAGGAGAAAGAGGCAGUGAAGCAGUACAUAAAAGCCCUUCGGCUGGAACGGGGGUUGGCUCUGAGUAGUAUCGCGGCCGGCCCCGACAGGGAAGCGCUGUCCAAAGCAUUCCUACAAACUGCGCAAUCCUGCUUUGAAACGUCCCUGUUCGAAGAAUCCUGGGCGGCCGCAGAAUUCGGCCUGGUCGUUGACCCGAACAGUAAUGACCUUAAGAAACUGAGAACAAGACUCAAACGGGAGAGUUCUGGAUGCCGAGUUCACUGA